AUGCAAUUAACAGCACAAGAGCGGCUGUCUGUUCUUCCUUGCUUUUGUUUAUAUGAGGGUCUCUGGUGUCUAUGCAGCAAAAGUUUAUUUAAAUUUAUUAAUCCUCAGCAAGACGAAAAUAAUACAUUUGUAUUCAACCCCUUGCUGCACAUCAAUGCAGCAGCAGCAAAUCCAGCAACAACAGCAGCUGCACCAUCAACAUCCGCAGCAACAACUGCAGCAGCAGCAGCAGCAGGAUCAACAGCAGCAGGAGGAUCAGCACCAGCAGCAGGAUCACCAGCAGCAGCAGCAACAGCAGGAUCACCAGCACCAGCACCAGCAGCAGCAGCAGCAGCAGGAUCACCAGCAGCAGCAGCAGCAGCAGCAGCAGUGACUGGGGGAGAGUUUGACGAUGAUCAAGACUGGGAGUGUGCAGAAGAAGGUAAAAAUAUUGAUUUCGGCUUUCUUUUAGGUUUGCGAGGCCCCGAUACUCCGCUGUAUAUACAGAAGAAGUUAAAGAAACAUCAUUAUCAGCCGCCCCCUGCUGCUCGCUUCUUUGAUGUUGCUGCUAGUGUUGCUUCUGAUGAAGAGCCUCUAAGACAGCCCUCUCCUGCUACUGCUGCUGCUGCUGCUGCGGCUGCUGCUGCUGCUGCUGGCACCACCAGCUACGGUCCAUACACCUACGUGCCUUCACCGGCAGAGGCUGCUGCUGCUGCUGCUGCUGCUGCAGCAGCAGCAGCAGCAAAUUCAGCAACACAAGACCUCAGCCGUCAGCAAGUAGAGCUUCUUAUGGAUUUAUACUGGAGAGAAUCUGCAUUGACAGCCAGACGCAGAUCUUCCUUCAGCAGCAGCAGCAGCAGCAGCAACAGCAGCAGCAGCAGCAGCAGCAACACCAGCAGCAGCAACUCCAGCGGGCUCAGUUUCCGGGACAGGUUGCUGUACAACGGUAGCCGCCGCAACAGCAAUAGCAACAGCAGCAACAACGACAACAGCAGCAGCAGCAGCAGCAGCAGGCCUGUUGACGGUUCGUUUGACAGCAGCAGUUGGAGCCUGAUGCCGAGCAGCAGCCGCAACAACAGUAGCAUCAGUAGCAUCAGCAGCAGCAGCAGCAGCAGCAGCAAGUACUCUGCUUCUGCUUGCGCAGUGCUGCUUUCUUGGGGGCAUGCAGCAGCAAAAGCAGCACACGGAUCUCUAACGCGUCUCUGGCUGGCACUGAUGUUUGAUGAAGAAACAAAAGAAAGAUUUGCUGUUGUAUUUAUGCAGCUGUAUGUACACCUGGUACUAGUGCAAGACGCCGCAUUAGAGCGUGUAACAGUGCAGGUUUUGAGCAUUCGUUUGCUGCUGCAGCAGCUGCUGCAGACAAAUAUGCUGCUACCUAAUUUGUUCGCCAGCAAGCAGCUGCUGCUUCAAGCCGUUUCAUUUGAAGGCCUUCCUCCGUUUUGUAUUAAUAUUCAACAUCCUCUGUUAAAGCAAAGAAGCUAUAUUACUUCUCUUAAUGAUAUUCGAUAUCUGCUUGCAGAGAAGGACAUACUUGCUCAAUGUAAACAAAGAGAAGAAUAUAUGCAUAUUGAGUUUGAAGAUGAAGCCUUGUGGUCUUCAGAGUUGCCUGGAGGUCGCUCUGAUGACUACUUUUGCAGUGUACAUCCAGUCUCUCUUUACCUCCCUCUACACCGCCUGUACUUUUCUCUUCUUACUGCUCUUAUUGUUCAUCCGCAACGAGAAGAAGCAAAUGCACGCAGACUCCAGAGGCUGCACCAGCUGCGCCAGCAGCAGCAGCGGCAGCUGCUGCAACAGCAGCAGCAGCAGCAGCAGCAGCAGUAUAAGAUCCACUUCCCAAAUCAACCGCAAUAUCCGUACCCUUAUGAACAGCAGCACAACCAGCAGCAGCAGCAACACCAGCAGCAACACUACUAUCAGCAGCAGCAGCAAAACCAGCAGGAGCAGGAGCAGCAGCAGCAGCAGCAGCAGCAGGAGCAUGUAGAUCCUUUGCUGGAGGUGUUGUACGGGUUGUUGGGUCUGACAGCGACUGAUAUCCUUCAUCUUUCUUCGCGCCCUCUCCCUGGUGCUGCAAAUGCUGCUGCUGCGGCUAAUGUUGCUGCUGCUGUUAAUGCUAAUGCCGCUGCUGCUGCUAAAGCUGGUGCUGCUAAUGCUGCUGCUGCUGCUAAUGUUGCUGCUGCUGUUAAUGCUGCUGCUAAUGCUGCUGCUGCUGCUAAAGCUGCUGCUGCUAAUGCUGCUGCUGCUGCUAAUGCUGCUGGCGCUGCUAAUACUGCUGCUGCUAAUGGUGCUGCUAAUGCUCCUGCUGCUGCUAAUAGUGCUGCUAAUGCUGCUGCUGCUAGUGCUGCUGCUGCUAGUGCUGCUGCUGCUAAUGCUCCUGCUGGUUCUGGCAAUGCUGCUUCUGCUGCUGCUGCUGCUAAUACUGCUGCUGCUAAUGCUAAAGCUGGACAUCGUUUUAUCAAGAAUGUCUAUGCUAUAGACGAGCUUUCUAUCAGUCCGUCGGAGCUGCCUUUAGAUUUAUCAGUGGUGUUUGCAGCAGGACGCCGCAGCAGCAUCGCUGAGCCUCCCACAGAUACAUACCUCUGCAGCAGCAGCAGCAGCAGAAGCAGCAGCAGCAGCAGCAGCAGCAAGAGGACGUUAGAGGUGCAUACAGAGGAGGUAUCAGAAUACAUCCUACAGCACAUGCAUGGGUUUGUGCUGCUGCUGCUGCAGCUGCUGCAGCCUAUGAAUUCUUUAUUUCAAUCUGAAGUAGAUGUCUUACGAAGCUUGCUGCGGCACCAACUUAUGAAGGGGCCUCAGACGCAUAGCGCGCUGCAGGAUAUCAUCUGCUGGCCUUAUAAACAGCAGCAGCAGCAAACACAACUCAUCGACUCUGUUCUCGCAGAGAUUAGCAGCUACAGUGCAGCACGGGAGUUAACCCCUGGACAGUUUGUGCUGCUGUCAAAGGAGUGGAGGCACUACGAUCCUCAUUGUGCUGUUUUCUCUUGGGUUGAGUUUGAAGUAUUAGAAGAAGAGUUUGCUGCUGCAUUAAAGGCGAAUAAAGGUUUGCUGCAGCAAUGGCUGCCCCCUGCUCCGCUGUCUCCGCCUAUACCACCUGUUUAUAGACAAGGGUUCUUCAGAUUUGCUGCUGGAAGUGCUGCUCGAGCUGUUGUCAUGCUACUCCUGCUGCAGCAGCUCCUGCUGCAGCUGCAAGACUCUAGAUAUCUAUACUUAACCCUCUCUCUACUCCUAAGGCUCAUGGCUUUAGAGGCUCAAGCGCAGCAGCAGCUACCGCCCAAUGAGCUGCAGCAUCUGCAGCAGCAGCAGCAGCAGCAAGACGCACUCGCAGCCUUCCUACGUCUAAAUCCACAUAUUGCUCGCACACUUGCUGCAGCAGCAACACCACCCAACAGCAGCAACAGCAGCAGCAGCAGCAGCAGCAGCAGCAGCAGCAAGAGCAGCAGCAGCGUGGAUGAAGAGACAGUGUCCCGUGCAGUUGCAGCAGCAGAAGACUUGGGUUUGUUAAGUGUGCUGCUGCAGCAUACUGACUUUCUUAAUGUCUCGCGCUGGGCUGGCAGCAGCAUAACGUCUUUGCUGCUGCGCUCCUUCACUUUGACGCAUGCAUGGACGGAGAUGAAGCCUGAGGAAGAACAAUCUCUCCGCAAAGCAGCAGAAGCAGCAGCAGCAAACACCAGCACCAACAGCAGCAGCAGCAGCAGCAGCAGCAGCAGCAAUAGCAGCAGCAGCAGCAGAAGCGUUAAGGAGAUGCUCUUGGAAGUUACGCAGGAAGACUCGGAUAUAUUAGGCCUUAUAAAAACAACGAGAAGAAAAGCUGCUUCACUGAGGCAGCAGCAGCAGCAGCAGCAACAACAGCAGCAGCAACAGCACCAAGCAAGUGCUGCUGCUGCUGUUGCUGCAGCACGUCGUGCGAGGGACCCCUUCGCCUUUGCUCGUAGGGAGGUUGCAGGUGCUCAAGUGCGCCGCCAGCAGCAGCGGCAGCACCAUCAGCAGCAGCAGCACCAAGCGCAUCAACAGCAGCGGCUGCAGCAGCACCACCACUACCACCAGCAUCGCCAGCAGCAUCAGCAGCAGCAGCAGCAGCAGCAGCAACUCGAGCAAGAGGCCUACCCAGAGCCAAUGGAGGCUGCAGCCUUUGAUGGUCCUUCAGGCGCCUCUCCAGCCGCAACGCAGGAGCAGCAACAGCAGCAGCAGCAACAGCAGCAGCAGCAGCAGCAGCAGCAGCAGGACGGCGAGCGCUAUGCCAGCUGGCUGAGGCGGCGGCUUCGUUUAUUUACUGCGUGGCCUCUCAGCAGCAAAAUAACAGAAGGCAUAUUGGAGUGUAUACCUGAAGAGACGAGAGACAAAUCUAAGAGACCUCUUCUUCUUAUUAACGAUGUAGGGGAGGUGCUGCACGAUCGCAUGCAGGAGCAGCAGCAGCAGCAACAGCAACAGCAGCAGCAGCAACAACAGCAGCAGCUGCAGCAGCAGCAGCAGCAGCAAGGCAUCCCUGAUCCGAUUGAUCUCGGGAGUGAGGCCUACAACAGGUAUGUGCGCGGAUUGCAGCAGCAGCAGCAACAGCAGCAGAUGGUUGUGCAGCAGCUGCAGCAGCAGCAGCAGGAAGACGAGGACCGUAUGCAAAGCGACUCAGCAAAGGUUCCUCACCAGCAGCAGCAAGAAGAGGAGCAGCAGCAGCAGCAGCAGCUGCAACAACAGGAGCAGCAGGAAAUGUACUUCUGCGCAGCAGCAGACAGCUCGAACACCUCGGCGGCUGCUGCUGCUGCUGCUGAAGCUGCUGCUGCUGCGGCUGCUGCUGAUGUUGCUGUUCCGGAGGCUGAGUGGCUAUGGACUCGGAUCUUUGUGCGAGAUGAAGCAGCGAGCGAGCCGCAGCAGCAACAGGCAGUAACAGCAGCAGCAGCAACAGCAGCAGCAACUGCUGCUGCUGCUGCACCACCGGGUCUGCAGCAGCAAGUCCCUCCAGAAGAACUCCAAAGCAGGCUGCUGCGGCGGACGCUGCAGCUGCUGGGCUUGACGGGGGUGCGGCAGCUGGAGCAGCAACAGCAGCAGCUGCAGCGAAGGAGGCGCGCGCAGCAGCAGCAGCAACGGCAGCAACAGCAGGAGCAGCAGCAGCAGCAGAGGCGCAGGCGGGAGCGCAGCAGCAGCAGUAGCAUGAGCAGCAGCAUGAGCAGCAGCGGCAGCGACAGCAGCAGCGAGCUGCGCAUAAUGACGGAUAACCGCGAAGCAGGAGCAGCAGCAGCAGCAGCUGAGCAGCAGCAAGGCAGCAGCGACAGCAUAUCAUGGUCAGAUACUGCUUCUGUCUCACGAAGAAGCAGCAUCAGCAGCAGCAGCAGCAGCUCGAUCUCAUCUCCUGCACUUUCCCGGUUGGCUGACCCGGACAGCGUCGCAGCAGCAGCAGCAGCAGCUGCUGCUGCUGCUGCUGCUCCUGCUGGUCCUACUGCAGCAGGCGAAGGCGAGGAGGCAGCUGCGGCCGAACCAGCUGCUGCAGCACGGCCAGCACCCUCGACAGAAACAGCAGCAGCAACAACAACAACAGCAGCAGCAGCAGCAGGAGCUGCAGCAAGAGAAGACACAGGGGCCUUUAUUCUUCAUAUGACUCUCUCAGGCACACGGGAGGUGCAGCAGACUUUGCUGUCGCUGCAGCAGGUUGCUGCAGGAGCUGCUGCUGCUACGCGAGCUCACCGAACAGCAGCAGCAGCAGGAGGAGACCCUUCUGCUGGGGAGCAGCAGCAGCAGCAGCAGCAGCAGCAGCAACACUCUAAGACUCUCUUCCGUCGGCAUUUCACCGCCCCACAGGAAUUCCCCUUCGUCAUUCGCUGCAACCUCCUUCAGAUCCUGUACGGAAUGAGGAAGAGCCCUCGCUAUGCCCCUCACUGGCGGCAGCUGGACUGGGUGCUGCAGUCUGCUGCGCGUGACCCUCGGAUUGCUGCUACUCUUAAGGCGUGGCGAGCUGCUGCUGCUGCUGCUGCUGCGGGGUCUGCUGCUGCUACUGCAGCGGAGGCAGCAGAAGCAGAGGAGUGGCGCAAGCAAGAAUCAGCAGCAGAAGAAACACCAGCAGCAGCUGCUUCUGCUGCUGCUGUCAGUUCAGUUGACACAGCAGGUGAAACGAAACAGCAGCAGCAGCAGCAACAACAGCAGCAGCAGCAGCAAGAGCAGCAGCAGCAGCAGCAGCAGGUGUCGGAAGAUGCAGGGGAGGGCCGAGGCAGCGAGUGGCGCGAGGAAGUGCGGCGUCGCCAGCUUGCAGUAUUAAAUGCAUUUAAAAGGAGACAGGAGACAUUUGAGCGCAGACACCGCAGCGAAUUGAGGGAAGCCACGCAGCUAGCAGACUCCGAUAUACCCAAAUGUGUCUCUUGUAGAUUAGAAGAUGAAGCCCUGCUGCCACCCACUAUGCUGCAGCCCCCAGAAGCAGCAGCAGCAGCAGCAGAUCCUGCUGCUGCUGUUGCUGCUGCUGAAGCAGCAGAUAUGGGAAUAGGGGAGGAUGGGGGUGAGGGUACGGCAGGUGGAGUGGCGAAGGACAGCAGCAGCAGCUCUGCUGCGGCAGCAACAGCAACAGCAGCAUCAGCUGCUGCUGCUGCUGUUGCUGCUGCUGCAGCACGGUGUACAGACAGCUACAUGUCUGAGGAUCUCAACCAUCUUUCAGGUGUAUGCGCAGCUCCUCGCGCGACACUGCCGCCGUUUCUGCUGCCUGCUCCCUGGACUGUCCCCAGCAGCAGCAGCAGUAGCAGCAGCAGCAGCAGCAGCAGCAGGGUGCUGGAGUGGCUAGGGGCAGUGACAGGGGAGAAGGUUCCAGUUGCUCUGUCUCCUUUCUGCAGCAGUCAGGGGCUACCAUUGAAGAGCUGCGGGCAUCGCAUGCAUUUGCGGUGCUAUAUGCAGUAUAUGAAUACACAAGGAAGAGCUGCUGCUGCUGCUGCUGCUGCUGCUGAGCAGCCGCUGCUCUGUCCUUAUUGCUGCCAGCCUGCUAAUCUUCUGCUGCUAGACUCGCUGCCGAGCUCUCUCGCUCUUAUUCAACUCAAGCGUGCCAUUCAACAUGCAAGAGCCCUUCCUGCUGCACCUGCCGCUGCUGCAGCAGCACCUGCUGCUGCUGCUGCUGCUGCUGCUGCACAUCUAGACGACGUUCAACCCGGAGCUUGGGGGCUCCGCGGUGCGCCGUCGCUGCUUGGGGACACCUCAGCAGCAGCAGCAGCAGCAGCAGAAGGCGGAGGAGGGUGCAAGUGGGUGGAUUUGAAGCAGCAGCUGCUGUCGCGUUUGCUGCUGCAGCAGCAGCGGCGGCAGUAUCUGCAGCAGGAGUUGGGGCUGCCGCUGCAGCUUCACUUUGCUGCUUGCCCUCUGCCUGCUGCUGCUGCUGUUAACGAGCUGCUGAAUAUAUGCAAGCUAGCGACGCGGCUGUCUCCUGUUUGCUUCCCAGCUCCGCUGCUGCUGCGGCCCGAAGCAGCAGUCAUGGCUGCCACUGCAGCAGCAGGGGAAGCAGCAGCAGCAGCAGUUGCAGCAGCAACAGCAGCUGCUGCAGCAGCACAACCACCGACUCAACAACAGCCCGCGCAACCUAACAGCCACACCACCGAUAGCAGCAGCUCCAACACCGAGCAGCAGCCUGCAGCAGCAGACGCUAGCUCGCCUACUGCUGCAGCAGCAGAAGCCACCGUUGCCCCACAGCAGCAGCAGCAGCAGCAGCAGCGGGGACGACCGUUUGCUUAUACUGCAGCCAGCAUGCUGCAGCAUCAGCAGCUAUCUUAUCUGCAGCAGCAGCGGUUUGCUGAGAUGCUGCUGCCGCCUGAUGAGUAUGAAUUCCGCAGUCUCUCCCACCGCGCAGCAGCAGCAGCAGCAGCGGCAGCAGCAGCAGCAGCAGCAACAGGAGAGCAGCUGCAGCUUCCUAAGAAGUGGAAUAUCUCGCGCCGUUGGGUUAUCGGCCAUCCGCUUGCUGUUCUUGCAAAAGUCUUUGCGGAUACAGUCGAGUCUGCUGAGCUAUCGUUGCGGCAGCAGGGAGUCUCUGGGUCUUCAUGGCGGCCUGAAGCUUUGCAUGCACUGCAUGCGGUGUAUAUACACCUGAGCGAUAUGCUGAGGCAGAUCCCAGUGGACGAUAGCGGUAUAAGUGUUUUAGAUUUAUAUAAACUAGACUUAGAGCAACUGCUGCUGCUGGGGACCCCGCUGCUUUGCAGCCCCUUCGGCAGCCGCAGCAGGAGCAGCAGUAGCAGCAGCAGCAGCAGGAACAGCAACAGCAGCGGGACGGAGGAAGCUGCACGCAAUCCCUUCGUUUUAAAUGAUCAUCUAGCAGCAGCAAGUGCUGCUGUUGCAGCAGCAGCAGCAGCAGCAGGACCAGGGGCAGAAGGAGAAGGAGCAGCAGCUGCAGCAGCAGCGGGGCGUUUGCUGCUGCCUUCCCGCUGCUGCAGCGUAGACCCAACGUUAGCAGCAGCACUGCGGCAGCCUUCUUCUCGCCUAUUUCUUUUAGUUAGAGCGCUGCUGGGGCUGCAUGCAGAUUUAGCAUAUCAAGAAGCAAUAGACGGGGACAAGCAAAUACAGCAAGAAAUGCGUGCAGCUGUUGCUGCAGCAGCAGCACGCCGCAGCAAACUGCAGGAACACGCAAACAAGCAUCAACUCCAACAGCAGCAGCAGCAGCAGCAGCAGCAGCAGCGCCAGCAGCAGCAGCCGCAGCAGCCGCCCCAGUACCUCAUUCUGCUGCAGACGCAGCAGCAGCAAAUGGAGCAAGAGCACCUACAGCUCAUCCGCUACCAGCAGCGCAUGCAUCGCCGCCAGCAGCAAGCUGCUGCUGCUGUUGCUGCUGUUGCUGCGGGUGCCGCAGCAGCACUAAGAGGCAAUCGUAUGGGCCCAGAGGAAACACAGCAGCAGCAACAGCUGCAGCAGCAGCUACAGCAACAGCUGCAGCUGCAGCAGCAACCGCAGCAGCAGCAGGGAGAAAGGGAGCAGCCACGCACUGCUGGGGGCGACGCAGCCGUUGAUGCAGCAACCGCAGCAACAAUAGCAGCAGUAGCAACAGCAGCAACAGCAACAGCAGCAGCAGCACGAGCAGCAGCUGCUGCAGAGCAUGCAGCUGCCACCGCGGCGGUAGGCGCAACAGCAACUGCCAACAGCAGCAGCAGCAGCAGCAGCGGCAGGAGACAGGAAGCACCACAAGCGCAGCUUCGUCUACUCUUUGAAAUGCAGCGGGAGCAGCGGCAGCAGCAGCUGGGGAGACACCAGCAGCAUCAGCAGCAGAUGCGGCAGCAAAUCGCUCGGCAGCAGCAGCAGCUGCUGAUGACGCAGCAGCACGAAGAGCAGCAGCAUACUGAGAACCAGUUGCUGCACCCUGUACAGACAGCAGCAGAUACCCGUGCUGCUGUUCGGGUGUAUAUGCAGCUCUUCUUCUUACUAGAAGUAUUUUCUAUUUUGUGGCAGUGGUGGGAUCGUCUCCCGAUCAGCGACAGACACCGCCUGCUGGCAGCAACCCCACAGCAGCAGCAGCAGCAGCAGCAGCAUGCGACCCCACAGAAGCCCCACGAAGCACUGUGGCAGUUCUUGUCUCACUUAGCUACAAUCGAGCAACAACGCCUUGCUGCUGCUGCAGCAGACGAAGGGCAGCUGCAGCGCAGCAGCAGCAAACAGCGGCAGCAAAUGGAUUCAAGCUGCCACCGUCUUGAAGCAAAACGGCAGAGGCUGGCGAGAGAACAACUCCUUGCAGAUGCGCGCAGCACAGGUGCUCCUGCUGCUGCUGCUGCUGCUGCGGUCGAUGCAGCAACAGCAGCAGCAACAACAGCUGCACCCGACCCGGAGGUAGCAGCAGCAAGAGCCCAAAUCACGGAAGCCACCUAUGCAGCAGCGAGAGCAGCAGCAGCAGAAAGUGAAGCAGCAAGCAGCAGCAGCAGAAGCCAAGACAGGGGAGAAGUGCCUUCUUCAGCAGCACUUCAGCAGCAGCAGCAGCAGCAGCAGCAGCAGCAGCAGCAGCGACGGCAGCGACGCGCAACGGACCAACAGAUCCGCAGCAGGAGCAGCAGCACGAGCCAGUGGACAUACGAUUCUGCUGCUGAAGAACCUCACAGCCCCCAGCAUCAGCAGCAGCAGCAGCGGCAGCGAGUAGCUGAACGAAGGAGUGAUAGCUUCGCUAGCGACGGCGGGGCGCAGACGGAGCCUCCUGGCCCCACACCUGCAGCAGCAGCAACAGCAGCAGCAGCAGCAGCAGCAGGAAGGGGAACAGCAGCAGCAGCAGCAGCAGCAGCAGCAGCAGCAGGGAGGGAGGAGUACUUGCACUCAUUCUGCCGCAUGCGAGGUUUAAUGCACAAUGUAGAUAUGGAGAGACUACCAGUAGAAGGAGACAGCCGUGUGCUGGCUGCUAUAGGUUAUAGGCGACAGCAGCAGCAGCAGCAGCAGCAGCAACCCCACACAGCAGAAGAUACCCGUUUAUUAGGAAGGCGCAUGCCUUAUCCCCCUUCUUUGCUGCACUUGGGUGUAGAUUGUCUGCAUGUUAGACAAUGUACACCUGAUAGCAGCACAGGACGCUGCACGAGCUGCGGCGGCUGCUGCAUGAGCAGCAGCAGCAGCAGGAGCAGAAGCAGCAGCGGCAGCGGCAGCAACAGCGACUCACCCCCACACAGCAGCAGUAGCAGUAGCAGCUCUAGUAGUUGCAGCAGCAGCAGAAGCAGAAACAGCAGAAGCAGCAGCAGCACCAUUCCAGAGCGACAGGUGGCUACGUACUUGGGUCGUGUAUCAGAAGCGCAGCAGCAGCAGCAGCAGCAACUGCAGCAGCAGCACGAUGACCCCAGUAUAUCUGGAAGGCCAGCGAAUAGGCGGCGAGGAGUUGGGGUGUCUACGCAGCUUCUCUCAGGUGUAUCUGCAGCUAACUUGGAUGCAGUUGCACCUCCGUAUCCUUUCCUGCAAGGCACAGCAGCAGACAACGAAGAUGCAUCUGCAGCAGCAGCACCAGCACCAGCAGCAGCAGCAGCAGAAGGCGUGCUGAGUGAAGAAGAACGAAGGGGAGUGCUGCUUAAAGUCGUUUCUUUGGGUCUUCUUCCUUGGCUAAGAAAAUUACAUUUGAUUAUUAAAGCGCUAAACCCUCAUCACAAGCUUCCAUUUGAUGAGGCGGAGUCUGUGAGUGGCUUUGGGGAUUUGUCUGCUCCUCAGCUGUUUUCUUCUUUCCUCUCAGCAGCAGCACCAGCAGCACCAGCACCAGCAGCAGCAGCAGCAGCAGCAGCAGCAGCAGGAGGUCUUGAUGAAGUGUUGAGUUCUUUAAACCCUUAUUCCCCUGAUUCUGAAUGCGAUACCCUUUUAGAGGGCCUCCCACUUCCUCAGUCUUUAGAAGGCUUUCUAUUUGGAGAUAUGGUGCAUGCACUGGCUGCGAUGCCUCCUUCUCUGACAAGUUUGACGUGCGUCUCCCCAGUGGUGGUGUGCGAGAAGGGGGUUCAUUUGCAGCUGCUGCAGCUGCUGGACCAGCUGCAGCAGCAGCAGCAGCAGCAGCAGCAACAGCAGCAGCAGCAGCAGCUGAGCCUCUUCCGUGCUCACUCGCUGUACUUUCAGCCUCUGGCGCGCCGUCUUCUCCCUGCAGAUUUCUUGCAGCUGCUGCAAAUCACAGCAGCAAAACCCGUUCUCCUCUGGCAACGCAGCAGCAGCAGCAGCAGCAGCAGCAGCAGCAGUUUGGCUGUGUUUGCCUUGUUGUAUUAUCCUUCUCUGACUGUCCUUCCUAAAUCAUAUCAGCAACUCUACAACCACUUCCUUGAUGUGCACAUGCAACAAUAUGCGGGUUUGGUCUGUGUAUUUUCUUACAACUGCCGACUUCUUCUGUCUUAA